UAUGCUUCUCCUCCUCUUCCUCCUCCUCCUUUCCACUCCCCCAGGUAUAAGGGCUGGGCCAGGUGAGCCGGCUCCUCCUGUCUCGGUCCCAGAAGCCCUAGCAGGCAGAAGAUGAGCCACUGGUCCCUCAGGGACACGCCAUAGGAGAAAACACCCAGAUACCAAAGAAGUGACCCCCCGUCCCCCCCCACUCACCCAGGUCAUCAUGGGACAAUGUCAUUCUGCAAAUGCUGAGGAUGCCCAGGAGUUCAGCGAUGUGGAACGGGCCAUUGAAACCCUCAUCAAAAACUUUCAUAAGUAUUCAGUAGAGGGGAAGAAGGAGACGCUGACAUCUUCUGAGCUUCGGGAUCUGGUCACCCAGCAGCUGCCCCAUCUUAUGCCGGGCAGCUGUGGGCUGGAUGAGAAAAUCGCCAACUUGGGCAGCUGCAAUGACUCCAAGUUAGAAUUUGGGAGCUUCUGGGAACUAAUUGGAGAAGCAGCCAAGAGUGUGAAGCUAGAGAACAUGAACCAGAGAAAAUGAGCCUCCACCACCACCACUACCCAGAAAUCGUGGGAAGGGGUGCCCCAGAGACUGUGUAAACAUAAAAAUAAAAGUUUCUAGCUUCUUCCCUAGCUCCCCACCCUAUUCCUCUCCCCCCCCCCCAAGGCUUUGUAUAUAUCUUCCUCUCCUACUGGGGCAUUCAUCCCACUGAAUGCUCCAUAGGGCUUUGGAAGGUGAAAUUGGGGUCUCCACACACUAGGAGAUACGGGAAGGGAGCCAAGGUGGAGGGUCAGAUCUUUAGGGACAAUGGUGGCAUGAACUGGAGUGGAGAGGGCAUUCAGAAAGGGACUGGGAACUGAUUAGAUUAAGGGAGGGAUAGGCAUGGGGGCUAGUAGAUUGGAUAUUUGGUGCUAAGUGAGCUUCUGGCCCUCACCCCAUUCUGAAGUAGAACCAUCCAGUCAUCCAGGUCCCUUCCUUUGUCCUCCUUCUUGCUCUCCUCUUCCACCCACAUAUCCUGGGACCCUAGCCUUUCUAGGGUUUUGUCCCUUUAGAAAAGAAAGGGGUGGGCAGAGGGGACAGUGGUUGCGUUGGGACUAGGGAGGGUAUGAUUUUGAGGGUGAAGGGGCUUGGUGCUUUGGACAUUUGUGGAAUGAUGGUCAUUUUGUAUCAUUUGAUUUAAUAAAAAAAAGAA